AAAGGCUGCCUGCAUAAGAGUCAGGGCUCCAGCAGACCCUGAAAGCUGAGCUGUCCAGACCCCCGAAGUGAAGAAAAGAGGGGAGGGCAAGGGAGGGCCAGAACCAGGGGAGAGAGAAAGGAGGGGCAGCCCACCAGCCCGCCGCCGUCUCGCCACAGAACAGGCUCAGCUCCAACUCCAGGAGUCACUCAGCUGCAGAGGCAGUGGCAGCCCCACUCCUCAGGCAAAGGGCAGCAGACAGACAGACAGACAGACAGAGGUCCUAGGACUGGAGGUCCUCAGUCAUUGACCACUCAGCCUGGCCCAGCCCCAUGGCCUUCAAUGACCUCCUGAAACAGGUGGGGGGCGUCGGACGUUUCCAGCUGAUCCAGGUCACCAUGGUGGUUGCUCCCCUACUGCUGAUGGCUUCCCACAACACCCUGCAGAACUUCACUGCUGCUAUCCCCACUCACCACUGCCGCCCACCUGCUAAUGCCAACCUCAGCAAAGAUGGAGGGCUGGAGGCCUGGCUGCCCCUGGACAAGCAAGGACGACCCAAAUCUUGCCUCCGCUUUACUUCCCCGCAGUGGGGACCACCCUUUCACAAUGGCACAGAGGCCAACGGCACCGGAGUCACAGAGCCCUGCCUUGAUGGCUGGGUCUAUGACAACAGCACCUUCCCUUCGACCAUCGUGACUGAGUGGAACCUUGUGUGCUCUCAUCGGGCCUUCCGCCAGCUAGCGCAGUCCCUGUACAUGGUGGGAGUGUUACUGGGAGCCAUGAUGUUUGGCUACCUGGCGGACAGGUUGGGCCGUCGGAAGGUGCUGAUCUUGAACUACCUGCAGACAGCUGUGUCGGGAACCUGUGCAGCCUAUGCACCCAACUAUACUGUCUACUGCAUUUUCCGACUCCUCUCGGGCAUGUCUUUGGCUAGCAUUGCAAUCAACUGCAUGACACUAAAUAUGGAGUGGAUGCCUAUCCACACCCGUGCCUAUGUGGGCACCUUGAUUGGCUACGUCUACAGCGUGGGCCAGUUCCUCCUGGCUGGUAUCGCCUAUGCUGUGCCCCACUGGCGCCACCUGCAGCUUGUGGUCUCUGUGCCUUUUUUCGUUGCCUUCAUCUACUCUUGGUUCUUCAUUGAGUCAGCCCGCUGGUACUCCUCCUCAGGAAGGCUGGACCUCACCCUCCGAGCCCUGCAGAGAGUGGCCCGGAUCAAUGGGAAACAAGAAGAGGGGGCUAAGCUGAGUAUAGAGGUGCUCCGGACCAGCCUGCAGAAGGAACUGACUCUAAGCAAAGGCCAGGCCUCGGCCAUGGAGCUGCUGCGCUGUCCCACGCUUCGGCGCCUCUUCCUCUGCCUCUCCAUGCUGUGGUUUGCCACUAGCUUUGCCUACUAUGGGCUGGUCAUGGACCUGCAGGGCUUUGGGGUCAGCAUAUACCUUAUCCAGGUGAUUUUCGGCGCUGUGGACCUGCCUGCCAAGUUUGUGUGCUUCCUAGUCAUCAAUUCCAUGGGCCGCCGGCCUGCACAGUUGGCCUCCCUGCUGCUGGCAGGCAUAUGCAUCCUAGUGAAUGGCAUAAUACCGAAGGGCCAUACAAUCAUUCGCACAUCCCUGGCUGUACUAGGAAAAGGCUGUCUGGCUUCCUCUUUCAACUGUAUCUUCCUGUACACCGGAGAGCUGUACCCCACAGUGAUUCGGCAGACAGGCCUGGGCAUGGGCAGCACUAUGGCCAGGGUGGGCAGCAUCGUGAGCCCACUGGUGAGCAUGACUGCCGAGUUCUACCCCUCCAUGCCUCUCUUCAUCUUCGGCGCUGUCCCAGUGGCCGCCAGUGCUGUCAUUGCCCUGCUGCCAGAGACCUUGGGCCAGCCGCUACCUGAUACAGUGCAGGACCUGAAGAGCAGGAGCAGAGGAAAGCAGAAGCAACAACAGCUGGAACAGCAGAAGCAGAUGAUACCCCUCCAGGCCUCAACACAGGAGAAGAACAGACUCUGAAAAUGGAAGGGGCAUCACAUAGCACUAAAGGGAGUGGGGUUCUGCAGGCCCCGUCAUCUACAUGAGGAGAGGGAGGGAGUGGAGGGACUGGACCAUCCAAAUGUGGGGGCUGCCAUUCAGAGAAAUGCCUUCCCAAAGGUCACUUCAGUAGACCUACUAGGAACAAAAGCUCUGACUGUGUGCAGCUUCUUAAGCAGAAUGUGCUCUUCAUCAGCCAUCUUCCAGCUCAGUGGUCACUCCUCCAGCUCCAGUCCCUUCCACCUCCAGGGCAUUGCAAAGAAUGCCAGACAAUUAAAUAAAUUUCUUCUACUUUG